AUGUCUGAGGAGCUGAUGUCGAUGCGCACAGAGAUCGCUGAAGUUCUGAUCGAGUCUCGGCGAUUGGCGGUGCUCCUGAGCGGCUUCCAGGCCGAGUCGCUCCCCAACCGGCAAAUGCUCCCAGCGGAGCUCGAUGCCAACACAGAGGUGGAUUCAAGCCUUCGCACCGAGGACGAGGACCUCAUAUGCACACCGCCGCCGCGUCGAAGAGCACAGGACUGCGAGACACCUGACAAAUGUGCAGCUGCAGAGUCUGCAGAGUGGCACAGCGCGGGAAAGGAUGAGCUGGAGGCCACCCAGAUAGAGGCCAGCAGCACAGAGAAAGAGGCCACCCUGUUCUGUUGCUUGCCUAGGCCCACCAAUAGUCUCUGCAAAAGUCCUUUCCCAUAA